UUAAUUGCCUAUUUAAAUAGACUCUCCCUCCUCUCCGUCCACCAUUGAUCACACCCUCUCCUAUACAAACCAAACACACACACACACAAUUGCCGACCUUAACUCUAGCACUUUGUGUCCCUCUCUGCAAAAACACACUCACACAAUUGCCGACCUCAACUCUGGCACUUUGUGUACGUCUGCAAAGUCGGUCCAAGAAAACCUUUAUAUAUUACACACACGUUAACACACACACACACACACACACACACACACACACACACAUUGAGCUCUUCAUUUCCUUCUGGACUCUAGUCACCACAUUUCUCAACAAUAGCAAAACUUCCGUUUCAUCUUCAAGAAUGGCUAGUCUCCAACUCUCUCUCGCUUUCCUCUCUCUCAAUCUCCUUCUACUCACUUUGGGUGUAUAUUCAGCAACAUUCACAAUAGUGAACCAGUGUAGCUACCCAGUAUGGCCCGGAAUACUAUCAAGCGCCGGAACACCACCACUCUCCACCACCGGUUUCACCCUCCAACCGGCCGAAUCCACCUCCAUUUCAGUACCCACCUCCUGGUCGGGUCGGUUAUGGGGCCGGACCAUCUGUGCCUCCGACUCCACCGGCAAGUUCACCUGCGUCACCGGCGACUGCGGCUCCGGCGACCUCCAAUGCUCCGGUGCCGGCGCUUCACCGCCGGCCACCCUCGCCGAAUUCACCCUUAACGGCGCCGGCGGUUUAGACUUCUACGACGUCAGCCUCGUCGACGGCUACAACCUCCCGAUGCUGGUCGUGGCAAAGGGUGGCACCGGAGGGAAUUGCACGGCCACCGGGUGUGUGGUGGACCUCAACGGCGCGUGCCCGUCGGAGCUGAGGGUGAGUAGCUCCGACGGGAGCGUGGCGUGUAAGAGCGCGUGCGAAGCUUUCGGAGAUCCGCAGUAUUGCUGCAGUGGAGCGUACGCGACUCCAGACACGUGCAGGCCAAGUUAUUACUCGGAGUAUUUCAAAAGCGCGUGUCCGAGAGCUUAUAGCUACGCUUAUGACGAUGGUACCAGCACAUUCACAUGUGCCUCCGCCGACUAUGUCAUCACUUUCUGCCCUUCUCCGUCCACAAGCCAGAAAUCAUCGGGAGUGCAGAAUCCUGAGGCUGCUAAUGCCUCAUUGGUAUCAAGCGGCUGUGAUUUGAGCUACAUUCGAUCAAAUUACAUUGUUGGUUUAAUCUCUAUUUUAGCUGCGGUUUGGCAGUUCUACUAAUUGGGCCCAACUCCACAGUCUCUUCAAACCUUCUCAUUAUCGCUGUUGGCCCAUAUUAGGCCCACCCAGAGGUAACGCGGGCUGGCUCGGAAAAACUUGAAGCUGGCCCAACUCACCCGGCUGGCCUGAUAAAGACAAAUCAAAGACGAGCAACUUUAUAUGAAGGUGUUCUCAUUUGUUCAAUCGAGAGUCAUACUCUUAGAAUUUCUCAAUCCAAUGGCUAAGGAUUGACAAGCUUGACAAAAACGUUGUCGUGGCAGCUUAUAUGUUUGCGUAUUACUGACGUGACUGCCACGAGGAGAAAGACUGAGACUGAGUCAUUGUAAAUUUUUAAUUAUCAAUAAGUUUGUGUGAUUCAUUUUUUAAUAAUGAAAAAAACAAAAGUUUGUGGA